AGGCCUCCCUCCCUGACAUGGAGAGUAACCUGUCUGGCCUGGUGCCUGCUGCUGGGCUUGUGCCUGCGCUGCCACCUACAGUGACCCUGGGACUGACUGCGGCCUACACCACUUUGUAUGCUCUGCUCUUCUUCUCUGUCUAUGCCCAGCUCUGGCUGGUGCUUCUGUAUGGGCACAAGCGCCUCAGCUAUCAGACAGUGUUCCUGGCACUCUGUCUGCUCUGGGCUGCCUUGCGCACCACCCUGUUCUCCUUCUACUUCCGAGAUACUUCCCGGGCCAACCACCUGGGGCCCUUGCCCUUCUGGCUUCUCUACUGCUGUCCUGUCUGCCUGCAGUUCUUUACACUGACGCUCAUGAACCUCUACUUUGCCCAGGUGGUGUUCAAGGCCAAGGCAAAGCGUCGGCCACAGAUGAGCCGAGGCCUGCUGGCCGUCCGAGGGGCCUUUGUGGGGGCCUCGCUGCUUUUUCUGCUGGUGAAUGUGCUGUGUGCAGUGCUGUCCCGCCGGCACCGGGCACAGCCCUGGGCCCUACUGCUGGUGCGCGUCCUGGUGAGCGACUCCCUCUUCGUCAUCUGUGCUCUCUCUCUUGCUGCCUGCCUCUGCCUCGUCGCCAGGCGGGCUCCCUCCACUAGCAUCUACCUGGAGGCCAAGGGGACCAGUGUGUGUCAGGCAGCUGCCAUAGGUGGCGCCAUGGUUCUGCUCUAUGCCAGCCGGGCUUGCUACAACCUGGCAGCCCUGGCCUUGGCCCCCCGGAGCCAGCUGGAUGCCUUUGAUUAUGACUGGUACAACGUAUCUGAUCAGGCGGACCUGGUAAAUGACCUGGGGAACAAAGGCUACCUGGUAUUUGGCCUCAUUCUCUUUGUGUGGGAGCUGCUGCCCACCACUCUGCUAGUGGGCUUUUUCCGGGUGCACCGGCCUCUGCAGGAUCUGAGUACCAGCCACAUCCUCAAUGGGCAGGUCUUUGGCUCCCGUUCCUAUUUCUUUGACCGGGCUGGGCACUGUGAGGAUGAGGCCUGUUCCUGGGAACACAGCCGGGGAGAGAGCACCAGGUGCCAGGACCGGGUAGCCACCACCACAGCCUCUACUCUACCCCACAGACGUGACCCCCUCUCCACCGCCCUCCCCAGAACACCCAGUCCUGAGUUCCCCUUACCCCGGCCUUUGUGCCAAGUUUAUCUGUCGCUUCUUGACCAGGAUCCUGGGGGCCAUGGCGGUCCGCUCCUCUAGCCAGCCCUUUGCUGCUCCUGUCGUAGUGAGCUUGUGCCAUCUCCCUAAGAUGGGGGGCAUGGGCCUGGCUGCCAGCUGCCCACAGUGCCCUGGUAUGACCUACCGCCUCCACUUCCACACUGGAGCCAGCUACCUCUCCUGUGCCUGCCACUCAAUAAACAGUGUCUGUGCCCUGGUGUCUUCACCUGUCUCACUCAUCUGCUUUAUGUUCCUCUCACCUCUGCCUCAGACUGAUCAGACAUUGACCCUGGCCUUUGAAGUAAGCUGCUGGGCUGGGCAGGGGCCACUUGCCUUCAUUAGGGCUGGAGGGCAGGCAGCGAAGCUGCACAAGCCUUUGUUCUCACACCUCUCUUGACCAUCAUGGCCUUGCUCUUUUGUUUUUGAAGACAGUCACACUAUGUAUUCCAGGCUGACCUUGAACUUAAGAUGAUCUUCCUGUCUCAGCCUCCCAAAUGUUGGGAUUACAGGCUUGUGCCACCAUGCCCAACUAAUAGACUUGCUCUUAUGCCACAUCUGUUCCCAAUAAACAAUUUCUAGUCUCUCCCCAAGAUCUCGCUCUCUCUUUUUCUUUUAUA